GCAAGCUGCUUCUACUGCUGGACCGGUUCGGCCAGUGUCCUUCAUGGUCGAGGCUAACCUUUCCCUUCUGCCGCCGGCCGAUGGCCGCCUCCCGCCGCCUUGCGCGGAAGCUCCCCACCCUGAUCUCCAGGCACGAGCGCCUCAUCUCCCCGGAGACCGAAGCACCGGAACUCACUGAACCCCUUACCGCCUCCGCGUCCAUCCCCCUCGACCCCUCCCUACCCGUCCUCUCGCUCGCCGUCUCCCACCUCUCGCCGCCGAGCCCGCUCCCGGCGCUCCCCUCCGCGCACGCCUCCUCCCCCGCCUCGCUCCUCCGUCUCCUGCGGCGCGCGCGCCACCACCCGCGCCUCGCGGCGCUCGACCUCCACAUCCUCCUGGCCGCCGCGGACGCGUCACCCGCCUUCCGCCCCGACCACGGGCUCACGUCCCUCCUCGCCGCCCGCUUCGCGGCCUCCCGCCGUCUCCCCUCGCUCCGGCGACUCCUGGAGCUCGUCCUCGCCCGCCCGUGCCCCUGCGCCGACGACUCCAUCUUCGCAUGCCCCGACCUCCUCCCUACCUUUCGCAAGGCCAUCGUCGCCUUCGCCGCCUCCGGCGACAUCCCCGCCGCGUCCGAAGCCCUCGCCUCCCUCCGCCGCGCCGCUGACUCCCCUCUCCCUGCGGAGUUCUAUAACAUCAUCCUACACGCCCUCGCCCGCCUGCGCCGCCACGACGACGCCAUCCGCUUCUACGGCGACAUGACCUCCAUCCACCGCGUCGCGCCGGAUCCCUACACCUUCAACAUACUCAUCAACAGCUCCUGCCGCGCGGAAGGCGUCGACACCGCCAUGCGUUGGUUUGGUGAGAUGCAGCGCCGGAGCUGUGCACCGACGGGUGUUAGUUUCAACACACUUAUGCGCGGGUUCUUCAGAGAAGGCAGGUACAAGGAGGGUAUCAAGGUUGCACGCGAGAUGCUCGAGCUCGGGGUCGGGCUGUCGGUUGCGUCCAUGGAGAUUUUGAUUGGUGGGCUGUGCUGUGGUGGUGAGGUUUUAAAGGCAGCUGAGGUGUUCGUCGAGUUUUGGGGGGAUGGUGUGGUGCCAGAAGGGUUUGAUUGCUUGAAUCUGGUUGAGGCUCUGUGCCGAGAGGAGGAGAUGGAGAAAGCAGUGCAAGUGGUGGAGAUGGUAUUGGAGAGGAAAAGCUUCUGCUGUUUGAGUGUACCUGCUGGCGUUACGGUUUUGGAGCGCCUAAUGAAGGCAGGGAAGCUGGAUGAGGUCUGCCGGUUGAUGGGGAGAAUGGUUGAUCAAGGGAUUGUUCCGGAUACCAUAUCUUGUAACUUCAUCUUUGAGGCACUUUGUGAAGCUGGUAGGACAGCUGAUGCGAACCGGCUGAGGUUGCUCGCUAAGGAGCUGGGUUUUGAGGCCGACGGUGCCACUUAUAGCAUGCUGGUGCAGGGUUUUGGGAGGCAGGGGAAGAGGAAGGAAGGAGAGGCUGUGUUGGAUGAAAUGCUCGAUUCAGGAUUUAUACCAAACAUUGUCUCUUACAAUAGGCUUCUUGAUGGCUUACAUAUUCAUAGAUCUUAGCAUUUACAAGAGAACUUUUCAAGGAAUGUGAAAAUACCAGACUGAAAAUAUGCCACUGGGUCAGUGAGACUAGAUGGAAGAGAUGCCAGAUGAGCUAGUGGUGCGCAAAACUGCAAUGGUAUAAGAUGGGAAGUUUGAAUUAAGGUUUGAAUUUUGAAGGCCUCCUUGUUUGGAAGCAAGGCCCAUCUAUCAGAUUUUUGUGUAGCAUUUUUCUGACAUCUUUUCAAACCAAUUGUGCUUAGGCCUGUAUGGACUGAAAAUGCCUCAUUCUACCAUUGAUUUAAAAUUUUCAUAGAUAGGUAUACGUCUUAAGGAGCUACAUUAAUAUCGGUGUUGCUUAUGUUCCGAUUUCCAUAGGUCUAAAUUACAUAGUGAUCAGGUAGGACACUGGGACCUGAAUAACAUCAUUUUAAGGAACUACCUUACUAUUAUCUUUCUUACGUCUAGUUUCACCAAAUAUUAUGUCUCCCUGAUCCCCACAAAGAUAAUAGUGACAUUAGGAUGCUAUCUUCUUAUUACCUUUCUUAUGUGCAGUCUCUGAAUAUAUUAACUCCACCAAAUGUUUGAGUUAAUAUUUGGAGGCAGUAGAUAUAGGAAUGACUGUAGUGUGACUGCUUCCGAAGUAAAUUGUCUUCCAGCCGUCAAUUGAUCAUAAUACCUAGGAUGGGGUGUUUGCAAAAUGUUUGAAAAAUGCUAUAUAAGAAGAAAAUUUACUGGGCCUGCACUGAACAUUGGAUGAUAGACUUCUCAAGGUUUGCAGGAGGCAAUGCAAUGCUUCUGUUUGGACCCAACUGCCCAAUAUUGGAGCUUCUGUUUACUUUCUGGUUGAGAAUUCAAAGAAUUAAUGCUGCAUGAAAAAUUAUACGCAAAGCUUGUCGGCAACCAGCUACCUGCGGACCCUAGGAUAAUGCAGUUCCGUUGCUACGAAUUUCAACAGUGUCAUGAAACUUGUAUUGAUGUUCAUGCCCUUCAGUGUCAUUGUUUCUUAAGCAUAUCCAGUGAUUUUUGCGAUUCAUACUGUUUCCCAGACAUACCAAUAUACCUUUGGUUUCUGUAGUGAUAACAUCCACGAUGUUGCCAUUGUAUUUGUUCUCACCAUCAGUCCUGGGAAGCAACUAUCAUCGAUCAAAUUUUUCUUUGUACAAUUCUGAAUAGAUAUGGCACUUGUUCCUUAGCAUUUUGCAUUUUUGCUGCCAUGCCACGGUUAAUGCCUGUUCAUUUCUGGCUUGCAGAAGUGCUCGAAAGUUCAAACGAGUCAGCAUUUUGCCGAACGCAGCGUGCCGUUCUGCGCGCGGGUCGAGCUCUAGGUUGCAGCCCCGGUGCAGCCAGGAGGCGUUCCGAAACCAACAUAGAUUUCCCCAAAUGGCAUAUGGGUGAGUUGGCUUCUCCCACUACUCAUUCUGCACUGAGAUCUAUACACUACACAUGAUCUCAGUGCAAAAUUGGAUGGGGUGUUUUCAAACACCUCACCUUGCUUGGGCGUGCUGACGCGCUACACCGUUGCGUGGAUGAUCACUGAGCCGGUGGCUGGCCUCCUGCCAGCGGCGGCAGGACCAGCUAGUUGCUUGGAUAGGGUGGCGCAAUGGCACGACAUGGUUGGUGGCUUGGCGCGGCGGCGAGCUGCAAGACAGUAGUGAUCCACGAGGAGAAUGGCGAAAGGGAGGCGAACAAGUUGCGAUAGGGAAGGGUGGGAACGGGACUGGGAGACGAGAAGGGUCGGUGUUCAAGAUUUCAAGGUUGUGCAGGAACUGUGCGUGCGAAUUUUGCAGGGACAAGGGAGGUGUAUCUGGUUUGGAAAACUGACAAGCAAUCUCUCUGCCACAUGUCUCAGGCGCGAUUCACUUCACAAAGCAUUUGUGUAUUAAGUCACGAACUCGAUAUAGACGAUCAGCGUCGGUGGAUUUACUUAAUGAAA